AAUCUAGAUCUGUUGAUGAUCAUUAAUCGUGAGCACCAAGAUGUCAGUGCCUUAAAAAACAUAAAAUGGACAGAAAAAGGAAGGACUAUAGACAAGGUCGUCACGAAGGGUACGGGGACCAUGAUCCAUACCAAGGUGGUUACUAUGGAAGAGAUCCAUACCAAGGUAGUUACUAUGACAACGGAUCCUAUGCCCCUGACGUCUUCUGGCAAGGUGCUGGAAUCAGAUAUCCAUCUACGUACAGAGCUCCGUAUGUCAAAGAGCCUCCAUUUGGUGUAUUUCAACCAAGUAGUUCGAACGCGAGUACAGACAGUGAUUUAAGAACACCAUCAAGAAAGCGAAAAUAUAUGCUUAUAGCCAUAAUUGUUACAGCAGUACUAGUUAUUGCUGCUAUUGUUGGAGCUAUACUGGCAGCAACCUUGACCUCAGGAUCAGAGAAUGCUGCUCAACCUAAAACUGUUGAAAGGAUUGUGGAAAAAGCUGUUCAAGGAGAAGUGAAGAUGAACUCCAAGAACUGGACUGAUGCUUAUAACGACAAGAAUUCAGUGGAAUAUAAUACUACCGCUAACGAGUUUAUUCAAAUGAUGGAUGAAAAACUCCGAAAUAGUGAAAAUAGUGAAAUGUCUGCAACGUACAGUCGAACAGUUGUGGAAGAGAUGCGCAAAGGGAGUGUAAUUUUUGUGUUCGUAUUGUUCUACGAAACAACUAUAAUGGUCCCGGAGGACAAUGGGAGCCCUACCACGACAACAGGGACUCCAGGUGGUGGUGAAGCGGUUGACCCUGGACCAAGCUUUGACAUUGAUAUAGACCUGGAUUUUAUCAUGGAACGUAUCAAGGAAAUUCCUGAUCUGGAAACUCCCAAAGUUUCAGAUGUGAACGAAUGUGAAUCAAAUCCAUGUAACAACGGUGGCACGUGCGUAGAUGGUGUCAAUAAAUUUAUUUGCACGUGUGCGCCAGGUUUUACAGGAGAUACUUGUGACGAAGGCAUUGACGAGUGUAAUUCUAACCCAUGUCAAUAUAAUGGAGUCUGUGAAGAUAAAAUAAACGGUUAUACGUGCACAUGUGUGGCGGGAAUAGCAGGGGACAAUUGUGAAAUAAAUAUAGAUGACUGUGAAUCAGAUCCAUGCAAGAACGGCGGCACGUGCACAGAUGAAGUCAGUGACUACACGUGUGGAUGUAUGCCUGGAUAUACGGACAAGAACUGUGAAACAAAUAUCAAUGAGUGCGAAUCCAACCCCUGUAAAAACGCAGGUACAUGCACAGACGGAAUUAAUAAAUACACUUGUGAAUGUAAACCUGGUUACACUGGAGACAACUGUCAAAUAGAUAUUAAUGACUGCGAAACAGAUCCAUGCAAGAACGGUGGCACGUGCACAGAUGAAGUCAAUGACUACACAUGUGACUGUAUGCCAGGCUAUACGGACAAGAACUGUUCAACAAAUAUCAAUGAGUGUGAAUCCAACCCCUGUGAAAACGGUGGUACAUGCACAGAUGACAUUAAUAAAUACACGUGUGAAUGUGAAGCUGGGUACACUGGAGACAACUGUCAAACAGACAUAGACGAAUGUUCCUCUGAUCCAUGUGUAAAUGGUGACUGCACGGAUGGGGUGAAUGAGUACACGUGUUCAUGUCAGGUGGGCUGGACGGGAAUAAACUGUGAUCAAAACGUAAAUGAUUGUGCCGGAAAUCCAUGUAAGAAUGGGGCGACAUGCAUAGAUGAAGUGAAUAGUUAUAGAUGCACGUGUGUCGCUGGCUGGACAGGACCUAACUGUGAUUCAAAUAUAAAUGAAUGUGCCUCUAAUCCAUGUGAAAAUGGCGCAUGUAGAGAUGCUGUGAACAGUUACACUUGCGAUUGCGAGGCGGGAUGGACAGGAAAACACUGUGAUGAAAAUAUCAAUGAAUGUGCCUCUAAUCCAUGUGAAAAUGGCGCAUGUAGAGAUGCUGUGAACAGUUACACAUGCGAUUGCGAGGCGGGUUGGACAGGAACACACUGUGAUGAAAAUAUAGACGAUUGCCAACCAAAUCCUUGCAAGAAUAAUGCUGAUUGCACGGAUCGCGUUGACGAUUACACGUGCUCGUGCGAAGCAGGAUGGACGGGGAAAGAUUGUGAUGAAAAUAUUGACGAUUGUGCACCUAAUCCAUGUAAAAACGGCGCCUGCAAGGAUGCUGUGAAUGGAUACACAUGCGAUUGUGUUGCAGGCUGGACAGGAAAAGACUGCGAUGAAAAUGUAGACGAGUGUGGGUCUAAUCCAUGUAAGCACGGAGGCACGUGCACGGAUGGCGUUAGUGGUUACAGUUGCAACUGUGAAGAUGGUUUCAAAGGGGACAACUGUGAAAUAAACAUAGACGAGUGUGAGUCUAAUCCAUGCGAACACGGAGGUACUUGCAUAAAUGGCAUUAAUGGUUACACGUGUAACUGCGAUGAUGGUUGGAUUGGAGACAAUUGUGAAACAAAUGUUAACGACUGUGACCCUAAUCCGUGUUUCAAUGGUGGCACGUGCCUUGAUGACGUGAAUGGGUAUAAAUGUGUAUGUGAUUUGGGAUGGGAAGGUCUUCUAUGCAAAGAAAGUAAUACUUUUUGUCUUCAUAUUCUGUUAGAGAGAUAA